CGUUGUCCCCGGAGGUGCGUCUAGAAAAUGAAAGCGACCUCUUUCAUAAGGUCCUGCGGUUGCCAGUACUUGGUAGAUAAACAAAUCAGUUUUACUGGGACCCAUCUGACACAAGAAGAGAUGUGGGGGGACUCUCGACCGGUUAACAGGACCGGCCCGUUCCGUGGGAGCCAAGAAGAAAGGUUUGCUCCCGGGUGGAACAGGGAUUAUCCUCCUCCUCCCCUUAAGAGUCAUGCUCAAGAGCGACACUCUGGCAACUUUCCUGGCAGAGAUUCACUUCCCUUUGAUUUCCAGGGGCACACGGGGCCUCCCAAUCCUUCCUUUGCCAAUGUAGAGGAACAUUGUUUCAGCUAUGGAGCUAGAGAUGGACCUCAUUCUGACUACAGAGGAGGGGAGGGGCCUGGACAUGAUUUCAUGGGAGGAGACUUCCCUCCUUCCGAUUUCCAGAGCAGGGAUUCCCCCCAGUUGGACUUCAGGGGCAGGGAGAUGCAUUCUGGAGAUUUUCGGGAUAGGGAGGGACCACCUCUGGACUUCAGAGGUGGGGAUGGUACCUCUAUGGAUUAUAGAGGUAGAGACACAUCCCAUGUGAACUAUCGAGAUAGGGAAGCACAUUCUGCUAACUUUCGGGGUAGAGAUGCUCCCCCGCCUGACUUUAGGGGCCGGGGUGCAUACGAUCUCGAUUUUAGAGGCCGAGAUGGGCCCCAUUCGGAUUUUAGAGGAAGGGAUUUACCAGAUCUGGAUUUCAGAGGUAGGGACCAGGCCCACUCAGAUUUUAGGAAUAGAGAUGUAGCGGAUUUGGACUUUAGGGGAAAGGAAGGAUCACAGAUGGACUUUAGAGGCAGAGGCUCAGGCUCAGCUGAUCUCGACUUUAGGGACAGGGAUACCCCGCCUUCAGAUUUCAGAGGUAGGCACCGGUCCAGGACUGAUCAGGAUUUUAGAGGCAGAGAGAUGGCUCCUCUUAUGGAAUUUACAGACAGGGAGGUAGCCCCUCGGGACCCGAAUAUGUUGGAUUUCAUGCAGCCCUCGGCCCAAGACCGAGAACGUUCUGGCCUGAGUGUGAACAAGAGAGAAGAGUCUUCCCAUGACGGGGCCCCAGAGAGGCCUCCCUUUGGCAUCCAGAAAGGGGAGUUUCAGCAGUCAGAGGCAAGAGGCAGAGAAGGCGAGUCUCACGGUUUGGGCCUGGAGAAUGAGUCUUCACUAGACUUCCGGAACAGCCGGGGUUCCCUUCAGGACCAAGACAAGCCACCGCAAAUCUUCCCCAGCAAGCAGCAACUUCCAGGAGGGGAGCAGCAAAGGGCAGAUGCCACCUCUCUGGUGUUCAAGGAAGAAGGUGGGCUGGAUUUCCUCGGCAGACAAGAUACGGACUAUAGAAACAUGGAGUAUCGAGAUGUGGAUCACCGGCUGCCGGGGAACCAGAUGUUUGACUAUGGUCAGAAUAAGUCUUUUCCAGAAGGCAAAAGCGUCAAAGACGCCCAGCAGGAUCUUCAGGACCAGGACUAUCGGACCUGCCCAGGGGAGGACAAACCAAGCCGGCUGAUUCGAUUGGGCGGAGUGCCUGAAAAUGCCACAAAGGAAGAUAUCCUUGGCGCAUUUCGGACUUCUGAUGGGAUGCCUGUGAAAGAUUUGCGACUGAAAGAUUAUAGCUCAGGUUACGACUAUGGCUAUGUCUGCGUGGAGUUUUCACUCUUGGAAGAAGCCAUCGGAUGCAUGGAAGCCAACCAGGGAACUCUAGUGAUCUGUGACAAAGAAGUAUCCCUAGAAUAUUCGCCAAGCCCAGAUUUCUGGCAUUGCAAACGGUGUAAAGUCAGUACUGUGGGAUACAGAGCAUCCUGUUCAUACUGCAAGUUCCCAAGAGAGGUUACAGAGUCCAAGGCACCCAAGCCUCAGCAAGAGUUGGCAGAUCUCCCUGAGCCCCUCAAGCCACCAGCUCAACCGUCAGCACCACAGCAACAGAACCAACCACAGGGGCCAGCUGAUAAGGAACUGGAGACAAGAAAGCGAGAGGAAGGAAGGGAGAGACUCCCAAGUCAAGAGCCAAGGAGGGACCCCGAGAAAUACCCUUCCCGAAGGGAAGUGUGUGAUGCUCCCCCAAGAAAGGACAUGGAGAAAGAUCAGUGGUCUGGAGAAACGUACCAAGAAGGGGAAAGCAAAACAAUCAUGCUGAAACGCAUUUAUCGCUCCACUCCACCUGAGGUAAUUGUCGAAGUGUUAGAACCCUACGUGCGCCUCUCUACAGCCAAUGUCCGCAUCAUCAAGAACAGAACAGGCCCCAUGGGCCAUACCUAUGGCUUCAUUGACUUGGAUUCUCAUUCCGAGGCUCUUCGUGUAGUGAAGAUCCUGCAGAACCUGGAUCCCCCAUUCAGCAUUGAUGGGAAACUGGUGGCUGUGAAUCUUGCCACAGGGAAACGAAGAAAUGAUUCUAGCGAUCACUCGGACAGCACACACUACAACCAGGGUAAAAGGUAUUUUCGAGACAGAAAGGCAGGCGGCAGCAGAAACUCGGACUGGUCUUCAUGCACAAACCAACAUGGACAGCAAUCUUCAUCUGACUGUUACAUAUAUGAUUCUGCCACUGGUUACUAUUAUGACCCAUUAGCGGGAACAUAUUAUGACCCUAAAACACAGCAAGAAGUCUAUUUGCCCCAGGAACCGGAGUUCCCUGGGAUAGAGAGCAAAGGGAAGAAACACAUUAGCCAGGGAAAGGCCAGUGAAAAGAAAGAUGUGUCCAAAAGGGAAAGCAGAGAGAGAAAAGAAAGAGGCAAAAACACAUCUGCUAAGGAAGCUUUCACUGAGGCUCCUGUGGAAGAUGUUUUCAAGAAACCACUACCUCCCACUGUGAAGAAGGAAGAAAGCUCACCCCCGCCCAAGGUGGUGAACCCUCUGAUAGGCUUGCUGGGUGAGUACGGAGGCGACAGUGACUAUGAGGAGGAGGAAGAAGAGGAACCACCACCUCCCCAGCCACAAACUCGCCCCGUGCAGUCAAUGCACCGUGAAGAUCUGGCCAAGAAAGAGAAGGAGGAGGACAAACUGACUGAUUGGAACAAGUUGGCCUGCCUACUGUGCAGAAGGCAGUUUCCUAAUAAGGAAGUCCUGAUCAAACACCAGCAGCUCUCAGACUUGCACAAGCAAAACCUGGAGAUCCACCGCAAGAUAAAGCAGUCUGAGCAGGAGCUGGCAUAUUUGGAGAGGAGAGAGAGGGAGGGGAAAUUUAAAGAAAAAGGAAAUGACCGCAGAGAGAAGCUGUAUUCUCCAGAUUCUCCAGAGAGAAAGCGAAUGAAACACUCCAGAGACUUUGACAGUUACCCUAAAUCUCCAGGAUUUGAAGGCAACAACAAGGGAGAAGGAGUGCUGCAAUCCCCAGGUUGGAGAAAGGGAUCAGGCCUGGGAAGCAGUCAGCAGGGUCUGGUCUCACCAGAAGAGGCUCAAAGCCGAACAAAGGGGACUGGUGCAGGAACCCAAGGUAAAACCAGCAAGAGGCAGUCAAAUGAGACAUACCGUGAUGCUGUGAGGAGAGUCAUGUUUGCUCGUUAUAAGGAACUCGAUUAGAGAAUGGAGAGGAGUUCCCCAGGGCAUCACAUUCUUUGUCUGUCUGUUUCUCCUUUGGUUUUGUUACUGUUCUUGCUGCUAGAACUUUUUUAAAUAAAAGUUUUUUUUCAAUGUGA